UAGGGAGUGUCAGGCUGACCUGAAUUGACAUGCAGUGGCAUUCCACGAAGCUCCUGCUGGCUCUGCUACUCGUGCUGCCGUAUGUCGUGCUGUUCACGGCAUACUGCUGGUGGGGCGAAGAUCAAAAACAUGUCUCGCCAGCUAUUCAGCGUAGCGCCGCGCUGGCGCCCCGCACCCCCGCCGCGCAGAGGCGAGGGCGACACCUGGCGAGCUACUGCAACAGUCACGCCCACCUUCGUACCGGACGACAGUCCAGCCGCGACAUCAUGGUGUCCCGACCUCACCGACUCGCGUGGUGCAAGAUCCCGAAGGUGGCGUCCACGUCAGUAGUACAGUCGCUGCUGAAGGUCCUGGGUUGCGAGAACCUCAUAGAGGAGCUCGGUAUCAGUGGCCAGCACACCGCCCUCAGGAGACUCAUGCCCCAUCUUUCUGCUGACGAGCAGCCGCCUGAUGCUAGCACCACCUUCAUGGUAGUCAGGCAUCCCUUCCUCAGGCUGAUAUCAGCUUACAGGGACAAGAUAGCAACAAAGUCCGGAAAGAUGGUCAUGGCUCAAUUUCAGAAAUUCCGGAGACUCUACAACAUGCCCAUCAUUUCAAAGUAUCGUCAGCAAGAGCCUCAUGAUAAGUUUUACAAAGACGUGCCAACUUUCCCGGAGUUCGUACAGUAUUUGUUGGAGACGCCCGUUGAAGACUACAACGAACACUGGCGACCUUACCACGUCAUCUGUCGGCCGUGUGACGUGCCCUACAACGUAGUCCUCAAGCUGGAGUCACUAGAUGAAGAUAUUCAGACUCUCGUCUUCAUAACUGGAUUCCCAGAGCUGGCCAUCAGUAAGACCCAUCAGUCAGCCGCAGUGAUCGACGAGGGUCUGGAAUUAAGACGCGCAUCCGAUCUGCAGAGCAAUCAACAUCCUGAGAAUUUCUCUACACCUCCUAUGGAAAAUUCUGAGAGACGAGAGCACCGAUCAAACGAUUCUAUAGAGUUGAAAAGUGAUGAAAGUUCGGCGCUCAUAAAAAAUUUCUUCUCGCAAUUAACAACGGCACAGGUGUGGGCACUUUUCAAAAAGUUCGAAAUUGAUUUCGAGAUGUUUCUGUACAGUAUUGAUCAAUUUGUAACGGUUGCAAGUUGAGAACUUGCUGUUUGUCAAACGAUCGAAAUUUGUUUUCUUUAUAUUACAGAGUCGAAUGUUUUUGGUGUACUCCAAGCA